CCAUUCGAACUUUGUGUGCUUUGUGCGUCUGCGCGCGGACGCGCUUGCUAAAACAAAGUGUGAAAGGAGUUAUGACGAAAGUGAUUUCGUUGUGCAGCUCAGUACAUAACUGUAGAUAAACUGUGUAAGCGGAACUUGUGCAAGGCUAGUUUGGUCUAUUGUGCACUUUUCAUUUGAUCUGGUGCAAGAGAUGAGUAGCCUUGCAGAAAAACAUUUGGGUGUUCCUGUCACGCUCGCCAACUACAACUUUGAUGACGAGGAGCCUGUGAUGUAUAUCAUAAAAGAAGGCGUUGAUUUUGUGAAUCUUCCCAACACUUCCGGAUACGAGAGGGCAUUGCAGGCGCACUUGGAAAACGCGAAGGUGAUUUGUGACCUAUGUUGGGAAAUGUUGAACGUUGGUGACUGGAAGAAAGUCCAGCUAUGUUGGAGGCAGAUGUACAGCUUCGGCAGUUUACUGAAAGCACUAUGCGAACUUGGACUGAAGAAACCCACGAAGGAUAUUCUGCACUCCUGUGACAUGGGUCUUAUAAUGGGGGCUCCUAUAAUGGACAACAUACUGGCAAAGCUGGCGAGUAAAGUCCAUAAGGAAUUACCAGAGCUGAUUUCUCCUGCACUUCUUGAGAAGAUAGACUGCAAGGAAGCUCACUCGAUGACCUUGAAGUUUCCUUUGAGUCGCAUUGAAUGCCCAUCUUUGGAACAUUUUAUGAAAACAUAUUUACUAGAGGAGAAGCCUGUGAUUAUAACCAAAGGAAUGGACUACUGGCCUGCAUUGUCGACGCGACCAUGGAGCAUAAAGCACCUUGUGAGUAUUGCAGGUGGCCGCAUUGUGCCUGUGGAGUUGGGGAGUAAGUACACUGAUGAGGACUGGUCACAGAAGCUCAUGACCCUGGCAUCUUUUGUCCGCACCCACAUUCUGAAAGAGGAGGGCCCGGAUGUAGGGUUGGGAUACAUGGCUCAGCAUCAGCUAUUCCAUCAGAUUCCAGAGCUGCAAGAUGACAUAUGCACACCAACUUACUGCUGCCUUUCGGAAAAAGAGGGCGAUGAGCCAGACAUAAACCUUUGGUUUGGCCCCGAAGGCACUGUUUCCCCAUUGCAUCAUGACCCCAAAAACAAUCUUCUGGCACAACAAGCAUGCUGAAAGCUACGCAGAGAAGGGAUGACAAGUGGGCAAGAAGCUACGUCCAUUCAUCAGUGUGCGUCAUGACCUUGAGCACUUUGUUUCAAGGGAAGCAUGUGUUGACUGACCUGUGUAGCUGGUGAUGGUUGUGUUCCAAAAAAAUCCUCCUCACCCACAGCUGGCGAGUACCAAAGAAAUAAUAUAAAUGAAGCAAAAUAAAUUUCCUUUCCGGGGCUGGGGUUUGAACCCAGGUCCCUCCGGUCCGAAAGCGAGUGCCUUGCACACUAAGCCACGAGCCCAUGCUUGUCCAAUGUGAACUGAACUGAAGCAUACGAAUGCAGUCUACCGACGAUGCAAAAAACAAUUGGGAAGUAGUAUACUUGCUAUGGGCGCUUCAUUGAAAAAUUUCAUGUUGGUGGACUAAAAGCGAUCUGCUGUGCAACGCGUAAUGUCAUUAUCAGGAAUUGCUCAUUUUAGGAGAAUACCGACUUCGAGAAAAUUGAAUUCCUAACCCGCGUUUCCAUGAUCGUGUGAUGGUCCUUUCGUUGGGCCAUUCUACAGGAUGACGAACACAGGAAAGAACAUGAAAGACGCCAUGCCAUUAGGCCUGAAAACAGCGCUCCUGAACAAGCCGCUACCUAUAAAGAAAGAAAGAAAGAGAAGCAGUACGUCAGGCACUCCUAGCCUUGCUUGCCCCCAUUUCCCCGAUUGGGGAAGGGCUCCUGAAUAUUUUUUUUUUGAACGCGCGGCUUACUUUCAGUAAAAUCGCGAGUACGCUAGUGUAUUUCUAUACUGUGUGUUAUUCUAGAACUAUAGAGUGCAGCGCGGGCAUGUUGCGGCAUCCUGCGGCGGCCGUGGUAACUAUGCAGCUCAUGAUGCUCAAAUAAACCAAUUACUGUGGACUUGGUGUUUAUGAUGUUGCCACUUUGGAUCAUGGCAUCAUUUAUCGAGAGAAGAGCGAGCGAUUUUUAGCUGACUUUGAGAAUUAAUUUUAAAUUCCGUGCUGCGUGCUGCACUAUAAUGUUUAGCUCACAUGUUUUCAGGAGCCUCGACUACCGAUUGGCGGCAUUUUCUGACCAUACUCAAAAAGUGUUGCAGGGCCCCUUUAACUUCUCAAGUCUCUUUGUUAUUCUCCCUAUAUGUUAGUACUGGCAAUAUACAAUCGUUGUACAGUUCCUGCUUUAGGGACAGUGGUAAGUUGCCAGUCAUGAGUUAGGGAUAUCUGCUGUAUACACACAGUCCCAUCCUUAUUCUGCGAUAAAUUACCUUUACAUCUAUAGGUUCCCCUGUUAGUAAUGACCUAGAUAUACAUACUCUUGUAAGGAUUCUAGGGUUGGGUUACCAUUUGCAAACUCUCAUUCUUUCAGCAGGCCUCCUAACAUCAUCUUUGUCUUAUGCAUAUUUGUCGUAAGCCUACUUUUAAACUUCCUCGCUCAGUUAAAGAUAGAGAGGUGUGUGGGAAUUUGGUGCGUGUCAUGUACACGUGUUCUAAAUUUAUGGUACCAAUAGUAUGAACUUUAUGAAUGCCCCUUUUAAUUUAAAGAAAGUUUUCAACUGCAAGAAUAGAAUGCUAGCAAGGACAGUAUAUUUCUUUUUUAUUGACAGUUUUAUAUUUCAUUUAUUGGCUAAGUUCGUGUUCAACAUGAAUAAUCAUUUAGCAUGUAUGUUUUUAAACUUUUAUGCUUUAAUAAAUAGGUCUGUUUCUGAUGCACACGAAAUAAAAUUGUAUGUACUUCACUGUGACGUGUAAUUAAUGCUAGCAUUGUUACUUAUGAUCAGUAUUGGCAUCGCUUCAAAACACACACCUAUAGUUGUAAGAAGCUGGUGCCCCACAGUUCUUACUUUAACUGCUGCUUGAAGUGCCUGUGAUGAUGAAAAAUGCAUUGAGGAAGCAAAGUUUUUGUUAAAAUAUUUCUGAGUGCUGCAAAUGACACUUAUUCAGUGCUUUUUCUAUUAUUUGUUCUUGUUUAGGUGUUCGGAGAGAAGUACAUUCGCCUCUAUGAAAAAUCGCAAACUCAUUGCCUGUAUCCUUAUGAAGAGCGGCUGCUUGAAAAUACAAGCCAGG